AUGUCCGACUUGUCAAAGCGCCGACGCUUCCAACCCCCUAUCACGACAUUCUUCACAUCUGCCUCGCAACCAGUGUCCUCGGCUACACCCGCAGUAUCCCACCACCACCAUUACGCCGCGGAAACAUUCUCUGCGCACCCCGUCGUCCCCGCCAAAGUCCAGUCCUCACUUCUAUCUGUCGGAAUGCGAGUCCGGAAAUCCGUCGCAGACGGGUACAAAACCCACAUGUCCAAGACAGAAGAGAAGGCCCCACUCCCUGCUGUUGCGCAGACCCCCCGCGCUCAAGUCUACCAUGGCAGCAGACCCUCCGAGCUGUCUCCAUUCUCUGGCGCCCCCAAAACCUCGUUCAGUGAUGACUACCUCGUCACCGACGACGGCGACGCAUACUCGAUUCCACCAAGCAGCCAAGAGUCGACUGUGUCACUUCCUUUGGGCGGUCAAAAGCGGGCCUUGGAAUUAGAUGGCGAUAUUCUUGUCGAUGAGGAUGUCGAUGAAUCAUUCAAUAACUUUGGCGAAUCCUGGCAUGAAACCUCAUACGGUCGAACCAUCUUGUCCCCGAAUUUGGGCCAAAGUCGCCGGAUACUUGCUGUGCGUCAGAAAAAGAUUGAUCAGCCCACUAUGGACAUGGAUGAUUUCGAGGAAGCUACGUUCCUCCGUCGCCGCGAAGAAGUUGAUGCAGAGGAUGUGCGCAUGUACGGUGCUUGA